AUGGAGCUGCUGAUAGCAGUAACCAGUGCGUUCCCGCUCAGCUGCGGCAACUUUGCGGCUGGCUGCAGGUCUUUCUCCUGCCUGACCUGGGAUGGGCCUGUCGCACUGGAUUCUGUGCAGGUAUUGGGGCUGCUGGUGUGGACCCUGAUUGCUGGAACAGAAUACUUUCUCUAUCCAGCCUUUGGCUGGGUGAUGUUUGUAGCUGUGUUUUACUGGGUUCUCACCAUCUUCUUCCUGAUUAUCUACAUGACGAUGACCUACACCAGAAUCCCGCAGGUGCCAUGGACCACUGUGGGUCUGUUUUUUAAUGGAAGUGCUUUCAUUUUGUACCUCAUUGCUGCCAUUGUAGAUGCGUCUUCAGUUACCCAAGAACUGGACAGUCACAAUUACAACAGCUGGGCAGCUUCUUCAUUCUUUGCCUUCGUGGUUACCUCCUGCUAUGCUGGAAACACGUAUUUUAGCUUUAUAUCUUGGCGAUCACGAACUUUGCAGUAAAUAUUUUGUUAAAAUGAAUUCUGUAGUAUGAAAUAUCUGGAGGAUUAUACUCUUGAUAUAAGCUUGGAAGAAGGAUGAGGUCUUUCUGGACAUUUCUGCUGGAAUUAACGUAAUACAUUUUAAACUGAAAUUAAAAUGAUUAUUUAUAAUACAGUAUCAUCUUUAGAGACCUCUAACACUGACUUUGUACUGUAUAAUAAAACUUUGUACUGCUUCUUUUAAAAUUAACAUGGUAUUUUUCUAGACACUCUUUAGAUGUUAUGGCUAAAGCUUUAAUAAAUCUUUCCCAG